AUGGCUUAUCUGGAAGAGCUGAUCGGUCGAAACAUGGUACAAAUCAAGGACAUAUCCUUUGAUGAUUGUAUAAAGAGUUGCGUUAUGCACGAUCUUGUCCGAGACCUAUCCAUAAAAAAAGCAGAGGAGGAAAUAAGAUUCGAGAUCCUAAGCGCAGAUGGCAAGUCCGUAGAAUCUUCUUCACACAAGCCCCGCCAUCGUGACUGCAUCAGGGGAGGUUCAGAGAUUCCAUUUAUGGAAACAAAUAGGUCCGCACUAUCUGAGCCGCCGGAGUUCUGUACUUGGCUCCUGCUGGUGGUGGCUCUGCUGAGAUCUGAGAAGCUGCUCCGUUGUUCAUCCCUGGUCUUGAUCAUUCAGCUGCCGGAAGGGUUGCCGAGUUCAAGGGGAAAAUCUGAGCCCCUGUAUCUGGAGAAGAGACAGAAGGAAGUUUCAAUAUGUGCAUUGAUCGGAUUGAGGUACCUGAGUGUGAGAAACACAGACAUUCAGUAUAUCCCAAACUGGCUGCCUAGGCUCGUUAACCUCGAGGUUCUUGGUAUACGAGGAUUAGUGUACAUCGAAUUGUCAGACAUUUUAGGAAAAAUGCACCGUCUGCGCUGCCUGUAUGCGUCCUCAUUCUAUUUCGGGAAGCCUCCGGAGAUCUACAGUCUGAAAUUUCUCCAGAAACUGAGCUAUGUCAAUUUCUACGAUUCAAACAUCCACAAAGUUUUACAUAUGACCAAUCUUUCCGAGCUAGGCAUAAAUCUAUUUCGAAUCUCAGAUUCAUGGCUGCUAUUCAAUAUACUUGAGGAGAUGGAGAAUCUCGUGCAUCUCAAGUUGAAGUACUGUAAAACCCUAAAUCUUGACAUGCUUUACUCCCUGCGUCGCAUCACGCGGCUAAAGCUUCAUGGCGAGAUUCCCCUUUUGCCCUCCGUCUUCCCUCCGAAUCUCUCUCAUCUGACUUUGGAUUGGUGUCCACUCAAAGAAGACGCGGUGCCCUUGCUGCAGAGCCUGCCCAAGCUGUCGCACCUCAAGCUAAAAAGCGCGUAUGAGGGCACGGAGAUGGUGAUCUCACGUACCGGAUUUCCCGCGCUUAAAGUCCUCAUUUUGCAUUCUUUGAGCAGACUAGAGAGCAUGCUAGUGGAGGAAGGUGCAAUGCCGGAGCUCAGGCGGCUGGAGAUCAACCGGUGCUCAUCAUUGGAGAGGCUGCCGGAAGAGAUGACGAGGAACCUUGAAGAGGUGAAGAUUGUGGCGAGCAAAAAGAUUGCAAGUAUGCUACAAGGUGAAGAUUCCCAGAAGAUCUCCAGUGUUGCUUAUGUGGAAAUAAUUGGCGAUUCAGGUACAACUGAUUGGUGA